CGUCACGCUUGCGGACACAUUCGUCACUUCCGGUCGAGGUGUGACCACUGGAAUGAAUGGAGUUGGUACAUCACAGGUGAUGGAGAAUGGCAUGUGGGCCGAGAGACUCCUUCACUUUCAGAGACUCAGAGCUCCCUUUGCACCUCCUGACGCAACUGAACAGCCUGAGGCAGAGCCGGGUGCUGACGGACGUGCUCCUCUGCAGUGAGGAGCAGGAGUUCCCCUGUCACCGCUCAGUGCUGGUCUCCAGCAGCCCGUACUUCAGAGCCAUGUUCUGCAGUAACUUCCUGGAGAGCAGCCAGGCGCGUGUCAACCUCCAGGGAAUCUCCUCCUCGGUCCUCAGUGGCAUCGUGGACUAUGUGUACACAGGUUGUAUUACCAUCACUAUGGAGAAUGUGCUUCCUGUGAUGCAGGCUGCCUCCAUGCUGCACUAUGUGGGUUUGUUUGAGGCCUGCUCCCUGUUCCUCCAGGAGCAGCUCAGUCCAGAAAACUGCUUGAGCAUGAUCCGAUUGUCAGAGAUUCUGCACUGUGAGAGUCUGAAGGAGUGCGCCAAGGAGAUGGCUGUGAGGAGCUUUUCUGAUGUUGCUGCAUCAGAGGACUUCUGUGAACUCUCUCUGCCUGAACUCAUGUCAUACUUAGAGGACGACCGCCUCUGUGCUGAAGAGGAGCAGGUUUUUGAAACUCUUUUAGCGUGGAUACAUCAUGACCCAUUCUCACGACGUGGUGCCAUACAUGAUCUCUUCAAGAGGGUGCGUCUGCGUUUCAUUCACCCCACUUAUUUGUUCCAGUUCAUCGCCAAUGACCCUCUGGUGCAGUCUUCUACUCUGUGCACUGAAAUCAUAGACUCUGUGCGGCGCCUCAUGCUCUCCGUCAGCUCCAAAUGCAGCCGGGAGCUCAAACCCUUAUGGACCACACCGAGGCGCUACACAUGCAGGGAAACUUUAGUGGUCGUAGGAGGAAGAAAAAACAAUGAACAAACUUCUCGAGAAGCUUUGUUGUAUGACGAGAGGACUCACCGCUGGCAGUGGUUAGCUAAGCUUCCACUGCGGCUGUAUAAAGCUGCUUAUGUGUGCAUUCACAGCAUCCUGUAUGUCCUGGGAGGGCUCAGCCUCUGCAUGGCUUCAGGUGACAGUUCAGUUAGUGCUACAGUUUACACUCUCUCACUUAAGACCAACCAAUGGAGGACAGCAGAGCCCAUGUUACAGCCACGCUAUGCCCACCAGAGCGUCUCCUACCUGCAUUUCAUCUUUGUGUUAGGAGGGAUAGGUGUGGACAAGAAAAUCACUCCAUCAUUGGAGAGAUACAACAGUAUGUUUAACCAGUGGGAGUCUAUGGUGCCAAUGCCCACGGCUGUCCUGCAUCCUGCUGUUGCUGCUAACGACCAAAAGAUCUAUGUUUUUGGAGGAGAAGAUGCAAUGCAGAAUCCAGUCAGACUGAUUCAGGUGUAUCACAUCUCUCGUAACCUGUGGUGCAGACUGGAGACCAGAACUGUAAAAAAUGUGUGUGCACCUGCUGCUGUCAUAGAAGAUAAGAUUUACAUUGUUGGAGGUUACACUCGUCGUAUGAUUGCCUACGACACCAAAGCCAACAAGUUUGUGAAAUGUGAGAAUCUGAAGGAGCGUCGGAUGCACCACAGCGCCACCGUGAUUAACAACAAACUCUACAUUACUGGGGGACGCAUUCUUAAUGCUUAUGAUACUAUUGAGGACUCUGAUUGCUUUGAGUGUUACGACCCUAAAACUGAUGUAUGGACUUCAAAGGGAUCUUUACCUUACAAACUAUUUGACCACGGCUCUCUGCCUCUAGUCUGUGUUACCAACAGACCCAACCCACCAUGA